AUUGAGUUAAUCGAUACCCUGUUUAUUCUGCUGAGAAAUGGCAAAUUACUAACCCUUCAUUGGAUACACCACUGUCUGACACUAUGUUACUCGUGGUAUGUCUUCAGUGACAUACCGGCGACCGCCCGAUGGAUGGUUGGCAUGAAUUUCAUCGCACAUUCACUUAUGUAUACCUACUAUGCGUUGAAAGCAAUGCGGAUAUCAAUACCACUUGUCAUCAUAAUUGAAUACAAAAACACUGGAAUCCCUUGCGAUGCCUCCAAAUCAGUGGUGACCUCAGGCCUCGCACUCUACACACUAUUUCUACUAAUGUUUACAAAUUUUUUUAUCAACUCAUAUCUACGUAAACAAAAACAUAAUUUUGAUGAUUAUGUGGAGAUUAUGCAUCAGAAAUGGCAUUAUUCUGUGUAUAUAUCCAUUGGUUAUAUCAUUUUGAUACCAAUUCUCAAACAAUGGAUGAAAUAUCGGGGAAAGCCUUAUAAUCUGAGAACUCUAUUAACGUUUUGGAAUUCAUUUUUGGCCGUAUUUUCCAUAAUAGGAGUCAUCAGAUGUUUACCAGAAUUUGCAUAUAUUUUAAGCACAAAAGGAUUCACGGCUUCAUUCUGUCAGUCAGACUAUUACAAAGACUUACGGCUCAACUGGUGGUACCUUUUCUUUGUUUGGUCUAAAGUCAUUGAAUUGAUUGACACACUGUUUAUUCUGCUGAGAAAUGGAAAACUAUUGACACUCCAUUGGAUACACCAUGUGCUAACACUAUGCUAUUCGUGGUAUGUUUUCGGUGACGUUCCCGCGACCGCCCGAUGGAUGGUUGGCAUGAAUUUCAUCGCACAUUCACUUAUGUAUACCUACUAUGCGUUGAAAGCAAUGCGGAUAUCAAUACCACUUGUCAUCAUAAUUGAAUACAAAAACACUGGAAUCCCUUGCGAUGCCUCCCUAUCGGUGGUGACCUCAGGUCUCGCACUCUACACACUAUUUCUACUAAUGUUUACAAAUUUCUUUAUCAACUCAUAUCUACGUAAACAAAAACAUAACAUU